CUCCGCCUCCAGGCUUUUAUCGUACGUUGAGGAAAGCAAAAAACAUACGGGAUAGCUAUACACCUUUUCUGCUGCCCUUUUCGCUGUUCUGUUCUCGUCAAGUUGAAGCCUCUCGUCUCAACCUUUCCUACUACAUGGUAAUUCAUCCUUUUCUCUUUUACUUUUAUUCGAAUUCAAGAAAUCUCUUCGACACAAUUGUGCAGUCCCAAACUUUGGUGCCAAGCGUAACUGCCGACGAGUCGGAUCGAGAGAUGGAGGCUUUCAUGGAGGUUGAUCCGACGGGGCGGUAUGGGCGGUACAGUGAGCUUUUAGGCUGCGGAGCUGUGAAAAAGGUGUACAGAGCAUUUGAUCAAGAAGAAGGGAUUGAAGUGGCUUGGAACCAAGUAAAACUGCGCAAUUUUGCAGAUGAUCAGCAGGCUCUUGACAGGCUUUAUUCGGAGGUUCGGCUUCUGAAGACUCUGAAGCACAAGAGCAUAAUUGCAUUGUAUUCUGUGUGGACGGAUCAAGAACGCAGCACGCUGAAUUUCAUCACGGAAGUCUGCACUUCAGGGAAUCUGCGUGACUACAGAAAGAAACACAGGCAUGUUUCUAUCAAGGCGCUAAAGAAGUGGUCCAGGCAGAUCCUUAAAGGUUUGGAGUAUUUACAUACUCACGAGCCCUGUGUCAUCCACAGAGAUCUCAACUGCAGCAACGUCUUCAUUAAUGGCAAUGUUGGUCAGGUGAAGAUUGGUGAUCUGGGUUUCGCGACUAUUGUUGGGAAGAACCACUCUGCUCAUUCAGUGCUCGGGACCCCAGAGUUCAUGGCACCAGAGCUAUACGACGAGAACUAUACCGAGUCAGUUGACAUCUAUUCGUUUGGCAUGUGUGUGCUCGAAAUGGUGACUGUGGAGCUCCCAUACAGCGAAUGCGAGAACGUGGUGAAGAUAUACAAGAAGGUGACUUCUGGCAUCAGGCCUCAAGCCAUGGACAAACUCAAAGACCCCGAGGUUAAGGCCUUUAUCGAGAAAUGCCUCGCCCAUACCAGCACCAGACCCUCCGCUUCUGAUCUUCUCCGCGACCCUUUCUUCUAUGGAAUCGCUAACGAAGAUGAUGAUGAUGAUGACGAAAACAUUACUCGAAAUACAUAUCAGAGCUGACAAUUGCUUGUUUUUUAUGGUCAGCCAAGUCUGUACUUAGUUUCUCUUUAGAAUUUUUGUCCCAAUGCUGGGUUUUGGCAGUUUGGGUUUAUUUUAGUGUUUUGGUUUGCAAAGCAUAGAACUCAAAAGUUUCAAUGAAAUGUGUAUAAAGAAAGGAAAGAAAAGUGAAAGUCAAAGAAAGUGAUUAUAGCUGUUCUGGCAUCCCAAGAAACAAGAUUGGAUUGGCUCCUCUCUUUAUGUAAUGGCCAACUGUUUGUAACCACAUUUGACAUUGCUUUCAGGAACAGAAUUUCAUGUGCUGGAAGCAAACAUUUGUUGUCUGUCCAACUGUUU